UCUUGUGUCGAAACUGCUGUUUCCGAAGAUAAAGUUGUGUCGUUUACAUCAGAUUAGAAACAUAAUUUAUACCUUUCAGACAAACAAUCGAAACUUAGUCGAUGUUUGAUAAAGUAUUUGAUAAGUGUAGCUGACGACUCGGGCAAACAUACCGAGGAUUAUCCGUCUGUAUUGGCUGCCUCUUGGCUGAACCUCUUGUUCAGGUAACACCUUUGCAUCUGGCCGGUGAUCCGGGGAAACCGCGUUCGUCUAAUAACAGCAGGAUGCGGCUGCUGGUGCUGGUGAGUCUGCUGUCGCUGUCGCUGUCUGCCGACGGGCAACGGGCAGACGAGGACUGGCUCGACCCCUACGACAUGCUCAACUACGAUGCGAGCACCAAAACCAUGAGGAAGCCUGCUGAGCCAACAAGCCACACUGAUGAGCCCCCCAAGAGAAGAGAGCUUAUUCAGGACCCGAGCCAGGCUGAGCUUACAGCCUGUCGUCAAGAAGUGGCGGAGCUGCAGAGAAAGCAUGGAGAUCAGCAGAAGACGAUCAAGCUUAUGUCACAGCAACCAACAUGCAAUCCAGUGUUCAAGAGAUUCCUUAGCAGGCUCCUGAAGGAAAUAAAAAGAGUUGGUGUGCCCAGUGAUUCCACAGAUGUUUUCUAUGAUGCCAAAGUCAAGCUGUCCAUGCGAGCCGUGGCAGAGAUUCAGUCCCUCUUGGAUGGUGAAGACAGAUGGAGAACAGGGGCUCUGGACGACGCCAUCAGUCAGAUACUCGUGGACCUUAAACCUCACGAUUAUGAGGCCUGGAAGUGGCACUUUGAAGACUCUUUUGGUGUCGAUCUUGACACUGUGUUAAAAAUCGGGAUGUUUGUUUUGAUUAUAUCAGCUACCAUCUGCACCCAACUCUGGUCAAAAGUCUCCUGGUUUGUGCAGUUCAGAAGGCUGUUUGCCGUCUGCUUCUUUGUCAGCAUCCUCUGGAAUUGGUUCUAUCUGUACAAGAUUGCUUUUGCCGAGCACCAGAACAAUAUAAUAAAGAUGGACAGUGUCAACGACAAAUGUACUGGAGUGAAGAAAAUUGACUGGAGCGAUAGUCUAAAAGAGUGGUUCAGAAGCACCUGGACUCUUCAAGAUGACCCGUGUAAGAGAUACUAUGAAGUCCUCAUGGUCAACCCCGUCCUGCUGGUACCUCCAACCAAGGCAAUUUCAUUGACCAUAACAACCUUCAUCACGGACCCUUUGAAACAUAUUGGGCAGGGAAUCAGCGAGUUUCUUCGAGCCCUCCUGAAAGAUCUGCCAUUCACUCUACAGAUCCCAGUCCUUCUCACUAUUGUCUUCUCAAUUUUGGUGGUUGUGUAUGGAAGUGUGCAGGCAGUCUUUCAGCAUGGCCUCAUGGCACCGCUACGUCGCCCUCGAAGGGAUCCACCGCCUCCAGAGCUGGAGGAGCCGCAACGCCGUCCUCUGAGGCUUGAGGACCGUCGUUACUUAGGAGGAGGUGACGCACCUGCACCUGAACCAGAACCAGAACCUGAACCUCAGUAUGUCCCGAGGCACCGAGUCCACAAUGCCCGAAUACAAAGGAAUAACAUUCAUCAGAGGCGUGUCAGAGAGGAGCCAGCACCCAUUAGAGUACAGACACUAAGAGCUGCCGACCCUCAGUACAGUGAGGAUGAGAUGGAUAAUCAGCGGCACCAGGAAAGUCCUGAGCCACAGGAGAAUUUAUCUGCUGAGUCAGACUCUGAAAACCAGCAGGAAAUGCAAAAGGAGAUCAAUACUGCAGGUGCUAAUGGUGGCGCAGUCAACACAGUCCAAUCAAAACCAAAACACACUAAAUCAGUUUCAUCACAAUCCAAGUUAAGAGGGAAGGAGGACGUUUCUCAAGAUGAAGCCAGCGGAGAUGGUGCAGGAGCCAGAUCUCAACCACCUGAAGAACAGUCUUCACAGACUGAUGUUCAUCCUGCAUGCACAAAUGGGAUGGUGAAUUUUCAACCUCUAAAUAAACUGGAUCCAGAUGUGUCAGCGGAAGACAGGAGACGCAUUGAGCUCAUUGGAGUUCCUGUUCAGGAGACGGGUCCAGCAGCUGAGUAGACGGCUUCUGUCAAAGCAGCAAGUUUAGUACCAGUAGGGUCUGGUACUCCAUGGGCUCGACGGUCGAUGGACCACAAGAACUGAUACCGUAAUGGAAUGAGAACCAGCACCAUGGUACCAAGACCACGCAUCAGAAUGAUGAUUUUGCUGUUUGUGGUUAAACUGCACUCUGUGAUUUGGUUUUGCAUGCUUAAAUUAUUCAAAGAGUGCAACAUAUUCUAUCACCUCUUCAAUAACGUGAGGAAAACCAGUGCUGGGAAAACGGGAAGUGUUUACGAUUAAUGAGUAUACUUAAUCUAGUUUUUUACUUUUUUGUACAGUUUUAAAUACUGACAGGAUUCACGGUCAUAGAAUAAAGGUCUUCCAGGACACUUGGCUUUACAGUCUACAAAUGAGACUUUCAGUUUUUAAAUUUAAUUUCAAUUUUAAUGGAAGAAAAUCUUUUUAUUGUUAAUAUAUUUUUGUAGCUCUUUAUUGUGUAUAGAGGAAUUAAAAAUAUUGACACGUGCCGAACAGUAAAGAAAUGUCUGAUUUUGACAUCAAGAAACCAAUAAAGAGCAUAAAGCACAGUUGGCUUGGCCAGUGCCGCAAAGAAUGUGUGAAUUUUAUAAAUUCAGGAACUGAUUAAAGCAAUUCAAGUAAACUAAGUGAGAAUGGUGUUAUUAAAUACAAAGCACAAAUGAAUACAUUAAUAUUAAAGCUGCACUCAACCGUGUAGCUUUUGACUGCUGCAGCUCGGAGGCAGCACAUCUUCCAGUUGGAACUCUGGUAUUCUAAUUCCCAGCUCCUCCGUGUGUUGGAAGUGUCAUCGGGCAAGACACUCAAAUCCACAUUUCUCCUGAUGCGGGGUUAGGCUGAUCAGACACAAUGUGUGCUGAAUACCGUGUUUAAACUGUUCAUCUGUGUGUAUGUGCAUGUACGCACUCUAUAAUAA